AUGUGGGAGAACCACCUACAACGCAACCUACAAUACAACCUACAGAACAACCUACAAUACAACCUACAGAACAACCUACAACGCAACCUACAAUACAUCCUACAGAACAACCUACAAUACAACCUACAAUACAACCUUCAGAACAACCUACAACGCAACCUACAAUACAACCUACAGAACAACCUACAACGCAACCUACAAUACAACCUACAGAACCUACAACGCAACCUACAAUACAACCUUCAGAACAACCUACAACGCAACCUACAAUACAUCCUACAGAACAACCUACAACGCAACCUACAAUACAACCUACAGAACAACCUACAACGCAACCUACAAUACAACCUACAGAACAACCUACAACGCAACCUACAAUACAACCUACAGAACAACCUACAAUACAACCUACAAUACAACCUACAGAACAACCUACAACGCAACCUACAAUACAUCCUACAGAACAACCUACAAUACAACCUACAAUACAACCUUCAGAACAACCUACAACGCAACCUACAAUACAACCUACAGAACAACCUACAACGCAACCUACAAUACAACCUACAGAACCUACAACGCAACCUACAAUACAACCUUCAGAACAAUCUACAACGCAACCUACAAUACAUCCUACAGAACAACCUACAACGCAACCUACAAUACAACCUACAGAACAACCUACAACGCAACCUACAAUACAACCUACAGAACAACCUACAACGCAACCUACAAUACAACCUACAGAACAACCUACAAUACAACCUACAGAACAACCUACAACGCAACCUACAAUACAACCUACAGAACAACCUACAACGCAACCUACAAUACAUCCUACAGAACAACCUACAACGCAACCUACAAUACAACCUUCAGAACAACCUACAACGCAACCUACAAUACAUCCUACAGAACAACCUACAACGCAACCUACAAUACAACCUUCAGAACAACCUACAACGCAACCUACAAUACAACCUACAGAACAACCUACAAUACAACCUACAGAACCUACAACGCAACCUACAAUACAUCCUACAGAACAACCUACAAUACAACCUACAGAACAACCUACAACGCAACCUACAACGCAACCUACAAUACAACCUUCAGAACAACCUACAACGCAACCUACAAUACAACCUACAGAACAACCUACAAUACAACCUACAGAACCUACAACGCAACCUACAAUACAUCCUACAGAACAACCUACAAUACAACCUACAGAACAACCUACAACGCAACCUACAAUACAACCUUCAGAACAACCUACAACGCAACCUACAAUACAUCCUACAGAACAACCUACAAUACAACCUACAGAACCUACAACGCAACCUACAAUACAUCCUACAGAACAACCUACAAUACAACCUACAGAACAACCUACAACGCAACCUACAAUACAUCCUACAGAACAACCUACAAUACAACCUACAAUACAACCUUCAGAACAACCUACAAUACAACCUACAGAACAACCUACAAUACAACCUACAGAACAACCUACAAUACAACCUACAGAACAACCUACAAUACAACCUACAGAACCUACAACGCAACCUACAAUACAUCCUACAGAACAACCUACAACGCAACCUACAAUACAUCCUAAAGAACAACCUACAACGCAACCUACAAUACAACCUUCAGAACAACCUACAACGCAACCUACAAUACAUCCUACAGAACAACCUACAACGCAACCUACAAUACAACCUACAGAACAACCUACAACGCAACCUACAAUACAUCCUAAAGAACAACCUACAACGCAACCUACAAUACAACCUUCAGAACAACCUACAACGCAACCUACAAUACAUCCUACAGAACAACCUACAACGCAACCUACAAUACAUCCUACAGAACAACCUACAACGCAACCUACAAUACAACCUACAGAACAACCUACAGAACAACCUACAAUACAUCCUACAGAACAACCUACAAUACAUCCUACAGAACAACCUACAACGCAACCUACUAUACAACCUACAGAACAACCUACAACGCAACCUACUAUUCAACUUACAUUACAGUGAGUAA